AGAUGCGAAGACCCUGGGAUCGACAAGCGCUGAAGAGCUAUGGAAGAAGGCCGCUGAUGAAGCUGAGCCAAGACCUUUGAAGAUCAGGUAUUCCAUUGAGCAUGAGAACGAAGCCGAGGAGACAACGUUCGAACAUGUGGUUGAGACCGUCUUUGAAGAUCCCAACGAGGCGGCCGAGCGGCCGCGACUGCUAGUGCCCUUGCAUUCGGUGCUGGGACUGAAAGCGCUAUGUGAGCGCGAGUUCAUUCGUACCGAAGCGGUGACCGAGAUGCUGAACCAGUGCCGUACAGCCUACUACAAGGAGCUCUUGUACCUUCGGGAGCAGCUGAUUUUGGCCGCUGAGCCGGAGAAGCAAAUGAUGCUCGGAGCUGUGCAAAACUAUGAGGUGUAUUUCUUCAAUCCGCCGGGAUAUGUGGAUGAAGACCUCAAAGAGUACAUGUUGAACUGCAGUCGAUGGACUCACAAGAAGCUCAUCGAAGAAAAUUAUGAACUUCAGAUGAAGUUGUCCGGCGCAGGACAAAAUGAUGUCUUCGACAAUGCAGAUUUUUGUCUCAAGGGUCUUCUGAGAAGACAUGGGACAUACAAGCUAUUCAAGACCUUUCAUUCCGUCGUCAGCCAUGCAAAGGACCUCUUCAAUCCGGAAGAUAUGAUCCGAAGACAGGAAAAGGAGGGCCGAAAACCCAUCGACGAGUUGCAGGUGGCCAUCACGGAGCUGUUUCCGGACCUGCGAUCGCGUGAGGAUAAUUCCGGCGCUCUUUUGAGCGAGAUCGAUGAGUUGCAAAGGGCCUUGACUGAAGCCAAGACUGAGCUUGCACGGCUCAAGGGAUUGCUCGAGUCGGAAAGGAACCGUUCUGAUGAGUUGGCGAAGAGAUGUGACGACCAGGAACGCAUGUUGCAAGGUUCAGCAAAGGUGACAGUGGUUGACAACAGCAAAGUGCAGGAAUUGGAAGAGUUACAAGAAAAGAUGCAACAAGAGGUCGACGCGCAGGCAGAAAGAAUGAGCAAGAUGAUCAAAGAUUUGGCGGCUGGGAAGUCCUAUGACUUAGGACGUUCCAGAAAGGAUCCCAGCAAAGUCUUUCCCAAACUGGAUCAGGCCAUCGCUGAUUUGGACAAGCUCUUUGCCAAGAUCGCCAAAGACACUCCACAAGUUGUCGAAAAGGUGUCAGGCGAUGGCGGCGAGAGUUUGGCACGUGCACAGAAGGAGCUGAUGGAGCAUGGGGAUCGACUGAGGGACAGGUUGGUGGCCCGUGUGGCCCGUGUGGCCUCAGCCUUCGCACAUUUUCUUCAGGAGGUCAUAAAACCAGACAAAUGUUCGACAUCGUCGACAGAGGCAGAAUUUGAAGAAGAAAUUUCUUUGACAGACGUAGAGCUUGGAGAUAGAUUCCAAGAAUUUUGCGAUCUCAGAAUCAGUGAAGGUGCAGAUUUUGAUGAGGUGCUGCAGUGGCUGGUCGGUUGGCGUGUGCUGAUUAAAAAGCGCUCUGGUGAUGGGGUCCAUCGCUUCAUGGUAUCAGAUCUGGAUGGCAAGAAACCACCGCUGGAUGUGCAUUUCCUGUACCCCCUGCCAAAGUACAAGUUGAACCCCAGCAUGGUUCAAGCCGUUGGCAAAGGCCAGGGGAUCCCAAUGAACAGAAAAGACCAGCAACAUGCAAUGCUCUUUGCAGAGGAAUUAGUGGAAAUGAUUCGGGAAGUCUGCCGGGAGAAGUUCGAAGUCAAGAAACCUUUGCCGUUGUACAAAAAGUCACCGAGGAGGCUGCACAAGAUCAGAGUGCCAGCUUUCAUCUCUGGGCAGAAUGUCAUGAUAGGCAACAGCCUCUACGUGAGGUCUCGAGGGUAUCCUCAGCAUCGUGGUUUCAUCCAUGCGGUUUGCCCAAAGGACUCUGCAGUGAUUGUUUGCUUUCAUCCCACCUUCCACAACAAGCCGCCCUUCACCGUUAGCUUCGGCAUCAACCGCAUCCCCUUCCUAAGCAAGCACCGGGCCGUGGACUUGGCGGAGAGAAUCAUGGCCCAACUGGAGAGCACUAAGCGAAUGAUCCAGCCACCAGCAGCGGCAGCGUGUGAUACACACCUGAACGUCCAGCAAAAGCAGUUCCUGGAUGCAAGCUUGCUGCCCUUGCUGAUGUGGGGACCUCCUCCCUUUGAAACCUUGCUGCCCUUGCUCCUGUGGGGACCUCCAGGAACGGGCAAGACGACCACUCUGGUCCGCACCAUUUGGACCAUCAUCACCAAGAACCCGACGGCAAAGGUUCUGGUCAGCGCGCCUUCAAAUGCAGCUGCCAAUUUGCUGUGCGAGCGCUUGAGUGAGUUGGGCAUACAGCCAGACAGGAUGUUGCGCUUGAUGGCCAUGUCACGGGAAGUUGCAUCAGUUCCAAUGGCAGUGCAACCCUUCACGUGCAAGGACGCCCUGGGAAACUUUGCUCUUCCCGACUUGGAGGCCUUGCAAAAGUAUCAGGCGCGAAGAUAG